GGCAACCAACAGUGACAGCAAGGAUUCAUGGGGAACAGGCAGACAUGAGCAGUUAUUUAGAUUGAUCUACAUGACUAGCCUGUUUGCUGUAAGAGAAUCUGCCAAAGGGAGUGAUUUAAGAUCCACUGCAGGUGUAUGAACAGCACUGCUUCUGCAGCAAAAGCCUAGACUCACCACACCUUGGGAAGAGAAUGGCCACUACCUGGGGGGCAGCCUUUUUCAUGCUGGUGGCCUCCUGUGUUUGUAGCACUGUCUUCCACAGAGAACAGCAGACUUGGUUUGAGGGUGUCUUCCUGUCUUCCAUGUGCCCCAUCAAUGUCAGUGCCAGCACAUUGUAUGGAAUUAUGUUCGAUGCAGGGAGCACUGGAACACGAAUUCAUGUUUACACCUUUGUGCAGAAAAUACCAGGACAGCUUCCAAUUCUGGAAGGGGAAAUUUUUGAAUCUGUGAAGCCAGGACUUUCUGCUUUUGUAGAUCAACCUAAGCAGGGUGCUGAGACUGUUCAAGGACUCUUAGAGGUGGCGAAAGACUCAAUCCCCCGAAGUCACUGGAAGAGAACCCCAGUGGUCCUGAAGGCAACAGCGGGACUGCGCCUACUGCCAGAACAGAAAGCCCAGGCUCUGCUCUUUGAGGUAAGAGAAAUCUUCAAGAAAUCACCUUUCCUGGUACCAGAUGACAGUGUUAGCAUCAUGGACGGAUCCUAUGAAGGCAUCUUAGCUUGGGUUACUGUGAAUUUUCUGACAGGUCAGCUGCAUGGCCACAGCCAGGAGACUGUGGGGACCCUGGACCUGGGGGGGGCCUCCACCCAAAUUACGUUCCUACCCCAGUUUGAGAAAACCCUGGAACAAACACCUCAGGGCUACCUCACUUCAUUUGAGAUGUUUAAUAGCACUUUCAAGCUCUAUACACAUAGUUACUUGGGAUUUGGAUUGAAAGCUGCAAGACUAGCAACCUUGGGAGCCCUGGAAACAGAAGGGAUUGAUGGACACACUUUCCGAAGUGCCUGUCUACCAAGAUGGUUGGAAGCGGAUUGGAUCUUUGGGGGUGUGAAAUACCAGUAUGGUGGCAACAAAGAAGGAGAGAUGGGCUUUGAGCCCUGCUAUGCUGAAGUGCUAAGGGUGGUCCAAGGAAAACUUCACCAGCCAGAUGAGGUCCAGAAGAGCUCCUUCUACGCUUUCUCUUACUAUUAUGAUCGUGCUGUUGACACGGACAUGAUUGAUUAUGAAACAGGGGGUGUUUUAAAAGUUGAAGAUUUUGAAAGAAAAGCAAGGGAAGUGUGUGAUAACUUGGAAAACUUCACCUCAGGCAGUCCUUUCCUGUGCAUGGAUCUCAGUUACAUCACAGCCCUGUUGAAGGACGGCUUUGGCUUUGCAGACAGUACCAUCUUACAGCUCUCAAAGAAAGUGAACAACAUAGAGACAGGCUGGGCCUUGGGGGCCACCUUUCACCUGCUGCAGUCUCUGGGCAUCUCCCACUGAGGCCAGGCCCUCCUUCUGAGGACUGCAUUCUCCAACAACCUUUUGAAAAGUAGAAGGAGAAAGGACUCAGUCAUGUUCUGAGCUAGUCUGAGGAUAGCCUGGACUGAAGCCCAGCAGCUGGAUUCGUCAGGUAGAAGGGGCUUUUGGACAUAGGUCUUGCCCUUGAGUCUAGAGAUUUGGGUCUAAUUAAUUUUAUACAUCUAAUGUCACCUGUUGACCUAACUGACCUGCUUGCACAGCUGGCGCCAGAGUCUAAAUCUUUGAGAUUCUUCGAGUGUCACAGAGCCCAAAGGAAUAGCUUUGGAACCUAACCUUGAAGAGCCCAGGGACAGGUCCCUGGGAACCAAAGAAAAAUCUCAUUUCAAUCCUUUGAGUGCCUCAUUCCUUUGAACAUACUAAUUUUCCUUUUACAUGUUAAACUAAGCCUACUGAUUGCAAUCCUGUGAGCUAUCAACAGUAUUUUUCUCCUCCCUACACAUUGCCAUGUCCCACCCUUACUUCCACCCACCUCCCCUAAAAAAGAGAAAGAAAAAAA